AUGGCUGAGCUCGACCAGGAGAAGAUAUCAUUUAUCACAGAUUCUGGGACAUAUUGUUACACGGCCAUGCCGUUCAGCCACAAAAAUGCAGGGACAACCUACCAAAUGAUGGUGAAAAGAGUCUUUUGGAAAAUCAUCAAAAAUGACAUAGAAGCCUAUGUCGACGACAUGGUAGUAAAAAGUGCCAAAGCUAUAGAUCAUGUGGCUUGUCUACAGAAAGUAUUUGAUGUGGCCCGACACAAUAACUUGAAGUUCAACCCGGAGAAGUGUGUCUUCGGUACUGUCGGUGGGAAGUUUCUAGGCUUCAUGAUCACCCAAAGAGGAAUUGAGGUAAACCCUGACAAGAUACAGGCAAUACUAGAAAUGAAGAGCCCCACUAGUAAGAAAGAGGUUCAGCGGUUGAUAGGGCGCGUGGCGGCUCUCAAUCGCUUUAUGAGUCGGGCGGCAGAUAAGUGUUACCACUUCUUUAAAGCCAUAGGGGACUCCAUCAAUUUCGAGUGGACUCAAAAGUGCAAAGAAUCGCUAGAAUCCUUAAAGAAGUCACUACAGCAGCCUCCUAUUCUGACCAGCCCAUGCCCUAGUAACGUAUUGUCGAGGAAGCUUAGACCUUACUUUCAAUCCUAUACGGUGCAAGUACUGACUGACCAACCCAUCAAGCAAAUCCUAUAUCAACCAAAAACCUCCGAGAGGCUACAGAAAUGGGAGAUUGAAAUAAGUGAGCUUGACAUUGAAUUUAGGCUCAGGACGGCCAUCAAAGCACAAGGCCUAGUAAACUUUAUUGUCGAGCUCACCAUUUCGACAGAGCCCCCAGAAGGGCAGAAGGCAGAUUGGAAGAUCUUUUUCCCUACUACCAAUAAUGAUGCCGAGUAUGAGGCAGUCAUCACAGGCUUCGAUUUGGCAGCAAGGCUGGGAGUGACUUCAGUGGAGAUAUGUAGUGACUCACAGCUAAUUGUAGGGCAGGUAUCGGGAGAGUAUGAAGAAAAGGAUGGGAGGAUGGCAGCAUACCUAAUGAAAGUAAGGGAUUUGCAAAGAAGGUUCGCAAGCUUUAAGGUGACAAAGGUCUCGCAGAGAGAUAAUGAAUGCGCAGAUGCACUAGCAAAGCUCAUAUCGCCCAACCCAAAAAACUUACCUCGGACAGCGAGUGUUCAAGUCCUACAACAACCCAUCAUUCAGCCUGGGCUGAGCUGA